AUGAAUGCUUUGAGUAACAAUCUCACAUGGGUCCUUCUUCCGGAAGCCCGAAUCAUCAACUUAAUUCCGACACAACCGUCGACCGAGGUCAACAGGAAAGCCGGAGUCCCAAACAGUUUGCAGCUUGCACCAACUACUUCUAGACAUGCUCCCGAGCUGGAGCUUGCGCACCCCGCAGGAACAUCCCCAAAAUUAACAUCAACCCCACCAUCGAGCUCGACCUUUACGCUUUCUUUCAACCUCUUUCCAAGUUCACAACCUUCAUCACCGACCUCCUCAAUUUUCUCCUCCAGUUCCCAAGAUACCAUGUCGACCUUCAGUUCAAUGCCAGGCCUAGCGCGUGAAAACACGGCAGAAGUGGCCGAGCGAGAUUACUUUACGGAAAAUCCUCCCCCAGCCACACUCGAGAAGCAUACAUCUCUUGCACGAGAAUAUAUCAAUUACCACGCCUCUGCUGGCAGACGUGUGGUUUUGGUGACAUCAGGAGGAACGACAGUACCACUAGAGAGACAGACGGUGCGAUUCAUAGACAAUUUUAGUGCAGGAACGCGUGGGGCUACAUCCGCUGAAUAUUUUCUGGAAUCAGGCUAUGCGGUUAUUUUCCUCCACCGUCAAUUCAGUCUUCAACCAUAUUCGCGACAUUAUAGUCAUGCUACGGAUUGUUUUCUCGAUUUUCUACACGAAGGCCCGAAUGGGAGUGUUGUUGCGAACGAUGAAUAUCGCGAAAAGAUGUUGAAGGUUCUCAGACAGUACAAUGCGGCCAAAUCGAAGAAUCUACUUUUGACAUUACCUUUCACAACCAUCACAGAUUAUCUAUUCGUCCUUCGGGCUAUUGCGCAACUUAUGCGUCCGCUAGGUCCUCGUGGGCUUCUAUAUUUGGCUGCGGCUGUGUCGGAUUUCUUCGUUCCUCCGGAACGUAUGGUGGAGCACAAAAUACAAUCUACAAAUGCAACGGAUACAAAUACACCUGCGAAGGGAAGUGAAGAGCAAUCGAAUGGAGAAGACGAGGAGGCUUUUGAUAACUUUGACUCCUCUCCAGCGGUACCACGAAGCAAACGUCUCAUAGUUGAUUUGGAUCCCGUACCUAAGUUUCUCAAGAAUCUUGUGGAUGGUUGGGCCCCUGAAGGCAUGAUUGUUUCUUUCAAGCUUGAGACUGACCCCGCGAUCCUGGUUCACAAGGCAAAAUAUUCAUUGGAUCGUUACCAGCAUCAUUUGGUCAUUGGGAAUCUACUUGCUACUAGGAAAUGGGAGGUGGUUUUCGUAGCGCCAGGUAGCGAAGACCAAUGGAUUAGAGUGCCAAGGAGCAAGAGGAAGAGAACAAUCAGCGGAGUGGAAGAUCUAGUAGGUGCAGCCGCGAGAGGAGGGGAGCCUAGCAAUGAGCCUCUGGAUCCAAAUGAGUUACCCGAUGGAGAACCGGAGGUUGAGAUUGAGAGUUUGAUUAUUCCAGCCGUGGAAGCAUUACACACAUCUCAUAUCAACGCCCCUAAGAAACGGGAGAGAUGA